AUGGCAAGCAAUGCGACGCAAUUCUCCCUUGUUACCGCGUUCUCUUCAAGCGCGUUUGGGGGAAACCCUGCCGGCAUUAUUUUCCUGGACCCGACGCUGCCCCCAGACUACCUCGGGAAGAUUGCGCAGACGCUUAAUCAGCCCAUGAUCUCAGUAGUCUCCCCCGUACCCCUCCCAUCUGAUGACCCCAAAGCGACUGUUUACAGCGUCCGCUUCUUUGCCACCAAUGGCGAGCAGAUAUGCGGCCAUGGCACGCUCGCCGCUGCGAAAGUGAUAUUCGAAUUGCCAGAGGCAGCAUCGAGCGAGGUAGACACCAUCCAUUUCAAGAAUUUAUACGGAAACACUUUGACAGCCAUCAAAAGAGAGAAUGGAUUCAUUGAACUCAAGAUACCUUCGACUGUCCCUGACGAUGUCUCCGAUGAGGAGAAAGCUAGACUGAAAUCUUAUGUCAAUAAGGCGUUCAGUCGAAAUGUGAAGAUCAACGACAUGAAGACAGGAGGAAGCGUCUAUAGCUCAUACUUAAUGACAGAAAUCGAUGAAAACGAGAACCUGGCGGGAUCGUCAAUUGACGCCAAUGCAUUGAUUGGAAAUGGCUACAAUGUCAAUAUCUUUACUUCCGCUUCAUCCAGCGGUGAGGAGGAAUUUAUGUCACGCAUAAUCUCCCCGGGCAUGGUUCCUAGCGGAGAGGACCACGUCUGUGGAUCGGCGCAUGGGACGCUGACGCCUUAUUGGCUUUCCAAGCAUGGAAUCAAACCUGGAGUAGAGGUCAAAGCCAGACAAGUCAGUCCGCGCGGGGGAGAGCUGAGGGUCACCCUGGAUGACGUCGCAGGAUCCGUAAUAUUGAAAGGACAAGCAAAGGUAUUCGUGACGGGCUAG